AUGGGAUCAGAGGAAGGGACUUCUCAGCGGCACCUGGACAAGUGUGGAGCUAUGGAAGCAAUGAAGGGGCGGAGCAGUGCGGGCUGGGCAAAGCCACUGGCGGUGCGGUUGUCACGCUGCGCUGCGGGCCGCGGCUCAUAUGGCGCCUUCUGCAAGGGGCUCACGCGCACGCUGCUCACCCUCUUCGACCUGGCCUGGCGGCUGCGCAUGAACUUCCCCUACUUCUACAUCGUGGCCUCCGUGAUGCUCAACGUCCGCCUGCAGGUGCGCAUCGAGUGAGCGCCGGGGUCGGUGGCGGCGGCCGGGGGUCGCUCUUCCUCCCUCUUCCCUCCCACCUACCCACGACCAGGACGCCGGCAUGAAGGACAGCGGAGUCACUGGGGACUGCCGG